AUGCCGCAUAAACACACCCGCCGGCGGGCGAGCGGCAAGGCCAAUUUCGAUCUUGCACCAUCCCAAGUCGCAAAGCCACUCCCAGCGUUCGAAAAGUCAGAAAAAGCGGCGCCAAAGGGCAAAAAGGCAGCAGAACCAAGUCUGAAGCGAAAGCGCACUGGUACAAGUGACUACAAGCAAGAUGAUACACCCCGGGCGUUUGCGCGAUUGGUGCAGCUGCGAGAUGGCCAGAAACAGCGAGCAGGACUGGACGAUGGAGAGAGUCGCAAGACGAAGAAGAAGCGCAAGACAGAUGAGGCGGGCAACGACGAGCCAGAACUCACGAAAAAGACCUUGCCUGUAGAUCCACAAACUGGCGAACAGCUCAAGAUUCUACCUGGCGAGCGAUUGGCAGACUUCGCAGCGCGUGUCAACCAAGCACUACCACUGGGAGGCUUGACACGGAAGGGGAAGUACAAGGAUGGACCCAAGGAACGGCAGACAAAGACCGAGAAACGUCUGCAUAAAAUGUACGCGGAGUGGAGGGAAGAAGAGACGAAGCGAAAGGAAAGGCUCGAGGAACUGCAGGAGAAGCAAGAAGAGGAGGACGAGGAGAAGGAAGCAGAGUAUGGCGGGCAGAGAGUGGACUUACCGGACUCAGGUCGCAAGGCGAAGCGAAAGCGUAUGGUUGGUGAAGUCGAUGAUGCCGACGAUGAUCCUUGGGCUGUGUUGAAGACGCGACGAGAGGCGCCGAAGGGAUUGAACGAUGUAGUUCAAGCACCGCCGACGUUGAAGGUCAUACCGAAAGAGAAGUUCAAGGUCCGGAAUGGUGCGAAGGUCAAUGUGGCGAACGUGCCUGGAGCUGCUGGUAGUCUCAAGCGUCGUGAAGAGCUCGGAGAAGCGCGACAAGAGGUUAUCGAGCGGUACAGGGCAAUCAUGAAAAGCGCGAAGGCAUGA